AUGAGAAAAAACAAACCUGGAAGUUACCGUCCAAUAUCCCUCAUACCUAUAUUAAUCAAGAUAAUAGAAUGCUGCAUUAAAACACAACUUUGCAAUUACUUUGCUGAACAAAAUCUUUUUUCCUCCUCACUCUUUGGUUUUAGGCCAGGAUUGUCUACAAUAAAUGCAGUAGAAACUCUUGUGACAGACAUACUUGAUGGUUUCGAGAACAAUUCCAUCACUUGUGCUGUACUACUAGAUCUGAGUAAAGCAUUUGAUACUAUAUCCCAUGAAAUACUAAUAAAUAAACUAGAGUGCUAUGGUGUCAAAAAUAACGAACUGGCGCUAAUCAGAUCAUACCUGACAAACAGAACUCAAGUAAUUAUAGUAAAUAGCCAGCAAUCAAAUGCCCUACCAGUUUCAAUAAUAUAUGCUGAUGACACAACCCUGAUUACCUCAGACAACAAAUUGGAGGAAGUGAAGAAAAACAAAAAACAAAUACAUACCUUACCCUCCAGAACAGAUGUUCAUUCACAUGAUACCAGAUAUAAAAACAAUCUUGAUGUAGACUUUACUAGGCUGUCUAAGGUCCAAAGUAGCUUUAAGCAAACAGGAUUAAAAUUAUAUAACAAGUUACCACCAUCACUGAAAGACCUACAAGGUGAUGCCUUCAGGAAGCAACUGCACAAAUUGUUAGCUGAUAAGUGUAUCUAUGAUGUAAAGGAAUUGAAAUGUAGUAGAGAUUUCCAAAUUUUACAUUCACUAUCAAAUGUAAUGUCAAAACAGUCUAUUUCAACAAAUGUUGGCUAA